AUGGCGUUUGUGUUUGUGCUUUCGAUUACAUCGGUGAUGGGUGUGGAGAGCAAGGACCAAGAAACCUUACUUUCUUCUUUGAUGGACGCAGGGGAGAUCAAUCAAGAGAUGGCUGAAUCACUACGGACUGACUGCAGGAACGAGCUAUCAAAUGCCAAGAAAACCUUGCAGGAUAUUGAGUUAUGUUUCACAAAAGAGAGGUCGGUUCGUCGUGAGGAGCUUUAUGGUGGGUUGUCCAGAGGAAAGACACAGGAUGCUCGCAAUGUCAUGUGCCCUCAUGUUAAGAAAAUCCUUGUAGAUUGUAUAAGGGAUAAAAACCUAGUGCUUCCUGUCACAGGAGAGAAGAAGGAUUUGAAAACUUCCAAUGCCAAGUACUUGGGAUCUUUACCAUCUUCUCCCGUACGGCGUGAGUUAGCUGAGAAAUCCAGAGAACCAGCCGAUCCAGUCCCAACCAUCAUGCUUGCUGUCGGUGUAACUGCGUCCCUCACCUUUAUUGUUUCUGUUCUGCUGUUUUAUUUCUGCUGCGGGGGUAGCUUUGCAGCAGGUCGAACCGAUGAGAGAGCGCUCCUCAGCUUAGCCUUAAGCGACAGUUCCAUUGCCUCUUCGCGGAAGUCAUUGACAUUAGGAACAUUGUCAAAUGAAGAAAAGCUCGAUAGCCAGUCUUUCAGCAGCAGCUUGGGGCAUACCAGAAGUAGCGGGACCUUACACUUGGAAUCGCGGUCUUUGGGCAAUUUGAACCAUAGCAACGAUGCUGCCAACUCUGCUCCGGUAUUUCCACCUCUUAAGCCGCCUCCUGGAAGAAUAACCCCUGUCAACCCUCCUCCUCCUCCUCCUCCAGUUAGCUCGGCUCCUCCCCAGCCCCCAACUGCAGCUCUCAGUACACCGAGUCCACUAGAUCCUAGAGCUCCAGCACCCCCACCUCCCAUGAAUGCUCCUGGAGCACCCCCACCUCCUAGAGCUCCCGGUGGUCCACGUCCUCCAGGACCUCCACCACCACCUGGCCCCAGGGGGGGUGGUCCUCGCGCGCCAGGACCCCCACCGCCUCCAGGUGUUGGAGGUGCUCCACGGCCUCCUGGCGUGAGGCCUCCUAGGGGUGCACAUCAUGCACCAAGCUCCUCCACAGGAGAUAUUGAUGACGGUGGUUCUAUGACGAAGUUGAAACCUUUUUUCUGGGACAAGGUGAAUACCAGUGCUGAUGAUACAAUGGUUUGGAAUCAGCUCAAAGGCGGAUCCUUCCAGUUCAAUGAAGAGAUGAUCGAAACCCUAUUUGGAUAUGCCCCAGCUAGUAAAAACAAGGUUCCGGCAAAGAAAGAUGCUUCCCAAGAGGCUCCUAAGUUCAUUCAAAUAAUUGAUGCCAAGAAGGCACAGAAUCUGUCGAUUAUGCUCAAGGCAUUAUGCGUGACUACAGAUGAAGUCCGAGAUGCACUCGAAGAAGGUAACGAGCUUCCUGCAGAACUUAUUCUGACAUUGUUAAAGAUGGCGCCUACUUCUGAAGAAGAACUAAAACUGCGACUCUUCACGGGUGACUUGACCCUGCUAGGUCCUGCAGAACGCUUUCUAAAGGUCGUAGUUGAUAUUCCAUACGCGUAUAAGAGGCUAGAAUGUCUUUCCUUCAUGGGCGUCCUUGAGGAGGAGUCAGCCACACUAAAAGAUUCUUUUGUGGUUUUGGAGGCUGCAUGCACAGAACUGCAUAAAAACAGAUUGUUUCUCAAACUUCUUGAAGCAGUUCUGAAAACUGGUAAUCGCAUGAAUAGUGGCACAUUUCGUGGUGGUGCACAAGCAUUUAAGCUCGACACGCUUCUAAAGUUAUCGGAUGUGAAAGGACUAGACGGAAAAACCACGUUGCUGCACUUUGUCGUUCAAGAAAUAAUCCGAGGGGAAGGCAUAAGAGCUGCUCGAGCAGCACAAGAGAUGCGAAGCAUGUCCAGCGUCGUGUCUGAAGAUCUUGACAACGGUCCUGUCCUAGAUACAGAUGAGAACUUAAGGAGCCUCGGUCUUCAGGCCGUGUCACGUCUUGGAAAUGAUCUCGAGGUUGUGAAAAGAGCUGCAGUUUUAGAAAUUGAUAACUUAACUGGGACAGUUGGAAGGCUCGGUCAUGCACUUGUGAAAGCGAAGAAUUUCCUCAACACGGAAAUGCAGACGAUAGAGGGAGAAGACAGGGGGUUUCAAGCCUCAUUGAGGAGUUUUGUGGAGAAUGCUGAGCCUAAUGUCAGGUGGUUGCUAGAGGAAGAGAAACGAAUAAGCAUGCUGAUCAAGAGCACUGCAGAUUACUUUCAUGGAUCUUCAGGUAAGGUUGACGAAGGAUUGCGAUUAUUCUCUGUCGUUCGCGAUUUCCUUGUGAUACUAGAUAAAGUAUGCCUUGAAGUUAAAACCACACCAGCAAAGCCAAAGGAGCAAAAACGGAAAGAGGAGAAGCCUAAAUUGGUGGAAAAGCCUAAAGAUGAGAAGCCUAUUACAUCAGCUCCGAAAGAUGAUACAGUUGCUGCGCCUCCGGUUCAGCCCCCAGCGGCCAUAGCUAGUGGAGGUGCGGCUAGCCCGGAUAGCUCAGAUGAUUCAGAUGAGUCAGACAAUUCAAGUUCAGAGGAGGAUACAUCAACUACCAAAGAUGAUCCAGUUGUCACCUCAAAAACCAACACCUCCAGUCCCAGCCGUACCUAA